AAGAUUAUCUCCCUAAUAAUCACAAAGUGGUAACCAAACUCAAAUGGUUUACUGCCCAAGGAAGGUGCUUGUGGUUGGAACUCGCGUCUUCCCAGUGAUUUCACAGAGUGUUGUCAAUUUGUUGCAAGUAUGGGCUAACCAUCAUCCUAUUAUGUUGAUUGCUCGCGUCUUCUUCAACGAGCUUCAUUACAAAUUUGCUCGCUGGGCUGCCUUGCUUCUGUUGAGCCGGAGUACUGUUGAGGUUUGCCACUGCCGAGCUGGACUGUUUUGGUGCAGCGAGCUGGGCCGCUUUGUUGCUGCCGUGCUUGGCUGUUGUUCUGUUGCCGAGCUGAACUGCUUUGUUGCUGCUGUGCUUGGCCGCUUUGCUGCUACCGAGCUAGGCUACUCUGCUGCUGCCGAGCUGGAGCAUUGCUUUGAACUUUACCGCUGCCGAGCUGGGUUGCUCUACUGCUGCCGAGCUGAACUGCCUCGCUUCUGCCGAGCUGGAGCAUUAUUUUGAGCUUUGCUGCUGAGCUGGGUUGUUGUGCUGUUGCCGAGCUGGGAUGCUCUGCUGCUGCCAUCAAGCUCGAACUCAGCUUCUCAUUGAGGGCAAUAACACGCCUUUUGGCUG